AUUUUUCAACAACAAACUCAGUCAUGUCAUGUCAUGUGUAUUGUGUACACUUGUCUAUCUAAAUGAAAGGAACAAAUGCAAUCUUCAGAAGGAACGCCUGGUACCUCUAAUUAAAGAUUCCCCGUUCUUUUGUGCUACAUAUUAUUUAUGAGUUGAUUAUUCGAGGCCACCAUGUCAAUUAGUCGCAAAUUCAAGGAUAGGUUCUUUUCAUUCCAAGAAGACAUUUCAGCGAGCGUUCGCGGUUUAUCCUCGACGAGUGUAGUGGAAGGAGCCAAUGCCGUUUUAGAUCGGGUUGCGGGUGCGGCAGUGGCCGUCACGGUACCCACACCGUCGCCGCAAUAUGGGAAAAAAAAGACCGUGAACCUAGAUUGCGGUUCAGAGUUAUUAGAGUUUUACCAAAUGCAAUGGGAAACGCUUCAUUUGGAGAACGAAAAAAACGCCAAGCGGGCCAAAGACACGGAUCGAUCAAUCGCCGACUUGCAUGCCCAGAUCGAAACUCAAUGGCGAAACACCAAGACCUUACAGUCAUUGGUGGGACAGAUCCCAAAGAUGAAUGAGGAGAUCCAGCAGAUCGUCGUGAGCUUAGGAGAAUUGGAGCCCUUGUUUAGCAAAGUGGAAAUCGCACUUAUGGCCUUGGAAGAUACUUUAGACGCUCGAGACUUGCAAACCAGACAAAACAGUCGUCGGAAGGAUUUGGCCAACUUCGAGGCUCAGCGGAAAGCCGAAUUCAGAGAACUGUCAGCACGUCUCCAAAGAGAACAUCAAUCCAAGAAAAAGCUAGCCGAAGCCAAUGAGUUGGUGGCUCGACAGCAAAAACAACGAGUAUUCCAGCAAAGAUUUGACAACGAUUUAGCCACAUUCAAAUCCGGAGGACAACUUCGAGUUCCCCCUCGACACGAUCCUGACGCCUCUUUGGAGACGGUUGACUUAGAUGAGGAGGAUGAGGAAAACACGGACUUGGAAGCCUUCCUCGAUGAUGUCUCGCCGCUCCCUAGGGAUCCUACACCGGCGGAAAGCCCCGAGGGGGAAGAUAAAGUUUCAAUGGCUAUCACCCUUCACGAUAGUGGCAGUUCAACAACGCCAAGUUCGAAAUCAGACCUUCCAGUUAUUUCAGUGGAACCCGGAACAAGUGAUUCCGGACCUUCACGAGCCGAGUCCAUGUAUUUCACGCCUGAUACGACCUUGGAGAAGCUGGCUGAAGUGUCUCAAGAAGGCUCCCAUUAAGCUUCGAGGCUUUCAGUUGUUGACAUUUAAACGCUUACUUACAUCAUUCAAUUUGUUUGGAAUAGAGACACCAAGCCAGUUAACUCGAAAA